GAUUGGAAGUUAUUUUUGGCUGCGCAAAGUAGAGCGACUCUUCCACACCACUGCCCGGGCAGAGACAGACUGAACACGGAGGUCUACCUACUUGCCUCUGUCUUACAUCCCGUCCUGAAGCAAAGGAGUGGGAUAGACAGAGGGCUGAGGAGACAGAAAAGAGAGCGGAGAGAAAGGGACAGGACGCGUAGCUGCGGUUGGAGCAGACUUAGCUUUCCAACAUCUUUGUGAAGGAGGGAGAGGAAAAGGAUUUCAUUCUUAUGCAGCAGGCAAGACUUUCAUGUUAAAGGCUGUAAAUGUCCCUUUUUUUGGCAGAGAAGAGGAGAAGAAACGACCUCAUCUAGCCUUUCAUUUAUCUACCUUUCGUCCUGCCAGUUUGGAGAGCUGAGAAAUUUGGCAGCACCUGACAGCGGAGACACACAAGGAGAGGAGCCAGAAGAGGGAUUAUUUCAGCACAUUUUUGACAUUUUCAAGAUUCUGUCAUCAGCGUCGCUUGGAUUCAGGAUUAGCUAGCCUACUCCAGUACACCAGGUGCCAGUGGAGAAUAGAGAGAUGAAGCCUUUAUCCCUCCUCCUCUUCCUCCUCCUCCUCCUCCUCGCCUCAGGAGCCUGUGACGACGUCAAGUACAUCUCCAAGAGGAACUCAGUGGAUGGAUGCAUAGACUGGUCAGUGGAUCUGAAGGAGUACCAUGUUCUGGCCGGUGAACCCGUUCGGGUGAAAUGUGCCUUGUUCUACAGCUACAUCCGAACCAACUACACCAUGGCCACCAACGCCAAACUGCGCCUCAUCUGGUAUAAGAACAAAGGAGAUGCAGAGGAGCCUAUCAUCUUCUCAGGACAUAGGCUGAGUAAAGAAGACGACUCCAUCUGGUUCAGAUCUGCUGAAAUGGAAGACAAUGGAUUUUACACCUGUGUUCUAAGGAACUCGACAUACUGCAUGAAAGUGUCCAUGUCGAUGACUGUGGACGAGAGUGAUGAGGGGAAAUGCUUCAGCAGCAAUAUCCGCCACCUGGAAAAAGCUGAGAUAACCCAUAGCAAAAUGAUCACCUGCCCUGAUAUAGAAGACUAUAUGGCUCCAUACAAGCAACCGCAGAUGACCUGGUAUAAGGAGUGUGAGCGGGUCGAAUGGAGAAGCUCCAUCACAGUUAACACUACACAUGUCUGGAUUCCUGAGGUAGAGGAGGGCGACGGGGGAAAUUACACGUGUGAGUUACAGUAUGGAUCCAGACUCGUGCGGCGGACCACACAACUCAAAGUGACAGCUCUCCAGACCACUCAGCCUCCCAAGGUCCUUUUCCCCCCGGAGAGACAGGACACCGUGAUAGAGAUCACGCCUGGUAUGCCUCUCAGUCUAGACUGCAAGGCAUUUUUUGGCUACAGUGGAGAAAACAGAAGGCCCAUUAUCUACUGGAUGAAAGGAGAAAAGUUUGUCGAAGAACUAGCUGGACAUAUUAAAGAAAGUGAAGUCAGGAUCUUGAGGGAGCAUUUAGGGGAGAAGGAGGUGCAGCUUUCCUUAACGUUUGAUGCUGUGGACGAGACAGACCUGGCCAACUACACCUGUUACGUGGAGAACCACAUAGGGAAGCGCAGCGGGAGUGCUAUACUGCAGAAGAAAGAUAUGUAUCGCCUGGAGUUGGCUGGUGGUCUGGGGGUCAUAUUGUUGCUGCUUGGAGUCCUGACAGCACUUUAUAAGUGUUACAACCUGGAGAUCAUGCUCUGCUACAGGAGACACUUUGGCAGUGAUGAAACUGAAGAUGAUAAUAAGGAGUACGAUGCCUAUCUGUCCUAUACUAAAGUGGACUUAGACUCUUUGGGCAGCAGGACGAGCAGCGAUGAGGAAACGUUUGCUUUGGAAAUCCUGCCGGAUGUUUUAGAGAAACAUUAUGGAUACAAGCUGUUUAUACCAGACAGAGAUCUAAUACCCAGCAGUAAUUUGCCAUUAUCCGUAUGUCUCUCUCUCCCAGCCUACAUUGAAGACUUAGCUCGCAGCGUGGAACAGAGCAGACGUUUGAUCAUCGUUUUGACUCCAGAGUUUGUCGCCAAAAGAGGGUGGAGCAUCUUCCAGAUAGAGACACGCCUCCACUCCAUGCUGGUUACUGGGGAGAUCAAGGUGAUCAUGAUAGAGUGUGCAGACCUGAAGAAUGUCAUCAACUACCAAGAGGUGGAAGCACUUAAACACACAAUCAAGGUCUUAUCCAUCAUCAAGUGGAGGGGUCCUAAGAGCAAUGAGCUGUCAUCUAAGUUUUGGAAACAGGUGGUUUAUGAGAUGCCCGCUAAACGCAGAGAGACGUUGUCCAGACGUCAGGUGAUGGACUCUGGUGAACAGGGCCUCUUUGGUGACCUACAGACCACCGUCUCCACCAUUGCAAUGACAACAACCUCCGCCUCCUUGGGACCCCCGAAUGAGAGUCGCCAUGGACAUCAUCAGGUUGCCUUGGCGACAGAGAUUCCCGACUACAACCAGAUGACCUUGCCGUUGGGAGGCGGUCACACUGCUACAGCGGCCCAGAUGAGGCAUUUCUGCCGCAGCUACGAGUUCCAGCUCCCCCCACAGCCUUCCUCACUGUCCCCUCCCCUCCCCCCUCCCUCCACCGUGCAGUUUUCCACUCUGGGUCCUGGGGGGCGCCACGUCUAUUGCAAUAUCCCUAUGACACUGCUGAAUGGACAGGUGCCUCAGAGCAGUACGCUUGGGAAGAAGCCAGAACUUCACCUGAACAGCACCUUCGUACCACUCACCAGCAGAGAACUAAGCUCUGACAUCUGGUAGAAGGACUGCUCAACUAGUACUGGAUUACAGACCGGUUUACAGACUGCUUUUACAAUGGCUUUGAACAUGGUGUAGACUGGUUGGUUGACUAGUUUUGAUUGGGUUUUUGGACAUGUGUAUAGCCAUAGCUUUCAGGAGGGACUUCUUGCAGACUGCCAUUGGACUAGUUUUGGGCUACUUGAUCCCAUCAGCAGCAGACUGCUUACAGACGGAUGUAUUCACAUUAUAAAAGUGAUUGUACGCUGGCUUUGGACCUACCAACUGGUUACAGAUUGAUACAAACUGAUAUGUAAGAUGACCAUUGGAAACAUGACUGGUCAUACCCGUUGGACUGGAGCAUAAAGUUUGUAAACUGGUAUGGACAUGUGGAUGUAAUAAACUACAACAGGCAAUGAACAGGUCCAGGAUACCUAAACAAUGAGUAGGUAUCCACAGACAGGAUUACUUGGAGUAGGAGUAUUUGUUGAACAAGCUACCAAGUUGGACUUCGGAGCACAAAAAAUACAAAGUAUUUUGUAAUCGGAGUCUGCUCGCACCCCAGCUGUGUAUGUGGAAAAAACAGUUGACUUGUCAGCUGCUUAACUACUCGGAAAUUUUGGUCGACUGAAAAGUAGCGUAAUCUUGGAAAUCUUGGAAUGUUAGUCGAUCCACCUAACUGAGUUCUCAGUAUAUUGAUCUACCUGUUGACUAGGUGGCUUGUCAGUAAACGAGGCAGACUUCAAGCAAUGAUUUUGGAAUACCAGUCCACCUUAAAACAACAAGUCAACCUCUUGAAAUACAAUUCCCGGGCUAGCUAGCUAGUUAGCUAACUGGUUUGGUUCUUAGAAGCUAAAAUGGUUGACUUAAAAGAAAUGGAAUCCAGCAACAAUAUCGAAGAAGUGAUGCGUAAAGUAAUUGCUUAACUUUGUUACUGAGAAAGCACAGAACUUUAGCUGGUGUACAUGGAAGCUAGUUGUUAAAACUAGCUAACUAAAAGGCUAGUAACUUCUUGAGCUAGGCGGAUGCUAAAAGGCACCAUGAGACUGCAAACCAGCCUGCUCAUCACCUUGUGACCCAGUAAUCAGCAACUUGUCAACUCAUCAAGAGGUGAACUUGCCAAGAGGUGACAUUCCAACUUUUACCACCAAGCGAAAAGCUAAAAGGACUUGGCUUUUUCUAUUUGCAUGACCACCCAUUUAGAUAAAAAAGAAUAAUCAAAUAAACAUAGAUAAAAGAGUAAAUGACACAGUCAUUUCUCACAGCCUCUUUUAAUAUGGAGGAGAAUAAACAUCUUAUGUUGAUACAGUAUAUUUGUUUUCUGUCCGACCAUGAAGUAAUGAUAAAAACUGAUAAAGGGAAAAAAGGAGGUAUCCCUCCAAAAACAUUGUUAUUAUUUAUUUUCUUCUGCUUUAUUUAAGAGUUUUAUCCUUCUAGAAGGUUGGUGAUCAUGU